ACCCGCUGGGAAGCAACUCGGCAACGGACCAACAUGGCGGCGCCCAGUGAGGAAUCUGCGAUAGCCGCCGGAGUUGAAAAGAAUUGGGGUCCGGUUGUUCGCUCCCCAGAAGGGACCCCCCAAAAAAUCCGGCAGCUGAUAGAUGAGGGGAUUGCCCCCGAAGAGGGAGGCGCCGAAGCGAAGGACGAUGCAGCGGCCACAUUCCAGUCAGUUAAUGGAUCACCCCAAGCAGAACAACCUCCAUUGGAAUCUACAAGCAAAGAAGCGUUCUUUAGCAGAGUGGAAACGUUUUCUUCUUUGAAAUGGGCAGGUAAGCCCCCUGAGCUGUCUCCACUCGUCUGUGCAAAAUAUGGCUGGGUCACAGUUGAAUGUGACAUGCUCAAGUGCUCCAGCUGUCAAGCUUUUCUCUGUGCCAGUUUACAACCAGCUUUUGAUUUUGACAGAUAUAAGGAACGAUGUGCUGAGUUGAAGAAAGCCUUGUGUACUGCCCAUGAGAAGUUCUGUUUCUGGCCAGACAGCCCCUCUCCAGAUCGAUUUGGGAUGCUGCCGUUGGAUGAGCCUGCUGUUCUUGUUAGUGAGUUCCUAGAUCGUUUUCAAAGCCUGUGUCACCUGGACCUCCAGCUUCCUUCCCUGAGGCCAGAAGACUUGAAGACUAUGUGCUUGACAGAAGACAAGAUCAGUCUUCUCCUACACCUGCUUGAAGAUGAACUUGAUCACCGAACUGAUGAGAGAAAAACUGCAACCAAAUUAGGUUCAGACAUGCAAGUCCACGUCACUGCCUGUAUUCUCUCUCUCUGUGGCUGGGCAUGUAGUUCUUCUCUGGAACCCAUGCAGCUCUCCCUGAUAACAUGUUCACAGUGUAUGAGGAAGGUAGGGCUCUGGGGCUUCCAGCAGAUUGAGUCAUCCAUGACUGACCUGGAUGUGUCCUUUGGCCUGACCGCCUCCCUGAUCCCAGGCCCUGAGGGGCGACCAGAGCGCUUCCCUCUGGUGCCUGAGUCUCCUCGGAGGAUGAUGACUCGGAGCCAGGAUGCCACAUUUUCCCCAGGCUCGGAACAGGCUGAAAGGAGCCCAGGUCCCAUUGUCUCCCGAACUCGGAGCUGGGACUCUUCCAGUCCUGUUGACCGUCCUGAGCCAGAGGCCGCUAGCCCCACCACCAGAACCCGCCCAGUGACCCGAAGCAUGGGCACAGGAGACACCACUGGCCUGGAAGUGCCAUCUAGUCCUCUCCGGAAAGCCAAACGAGCUCGCCUCUGCUCUUCCGGCAGCUCGGACACAUCUUCCAGAAGCUUCUUUGAUCCCACCUCUCAGCAUAGAGACUGGUGCCCUUGGGUGAAUAUCACACUUGACAAGGAAACCAGGGAGAAUGGUGAAACCCAGGUAGAAGCCAGCACCCCCACAGAGCCAGGCUGGAAGGCAGUGCUGAACAUCCUCACGGCCCACAAGCAGUCGAACCAGCCAGCUGAAACAGACUCCUUGAGUCUCUCUGAGAAAUCAAGGAAGGUAUUCCGAAUAUUCCGGCAGUGGGAAUCUUUAUGCUCGUCCUGAAGAUAUUCUGCCCUUCCUGAGAGAAGUGGAAUGAGUUACUUUGAAAAAUAAAGUCUGAAUUCCCUUUUGAUCAGCCGAUGCUAAGUUUUUCUCCGUUCUGGGUUAAUCAUAAGAAGUCCCUGCGCCUGCAGAGACAGUAAGUGUCACUGGCUGCGUCUGACCGAGGGGAAACUGGUGUCCACACGGGGAUGUGGACAGGGUGAGGCACAGCAAGCCUGGUUCUGUUAAAGGAAUGUGGGAUUGUGAAACUACACAGAGGACCAAGGCCUUGAGCACUUUUGGCCUCUUUAGUGUGGGGCAGUUUUGAGGGCUCUUAUAUCCCAAGAAUAUGACAGUAUGUGUUAAUAAAAUAUUUGUUAAGAUUCUUA